GUCACUUCCGCAGCGAUGGCGGCGGCGUGCGGCCGGGGCCUCCUGGCUCCGCUCGGCGGGCGGCUGCGGGCCUGCCCACGGGCAUCGCUCCGCUCCCUCACCUCCGCCGCGCCGCUCUACGACGUGGUGGUGUCGGGCGGCGGCAUGGUGGGCAGCGCUAUGGCCGCCGCGCUGGGGCACGAUAUCCAUUUCCAUGACAAGAAGAUUGCCUUGCUGGAGGCUGGGCCUAGGAAGGAAUAUCACUUACCAGAGAGCUACAGCAACAGGGUCAGCUCCAUCUCCCCCGGAUCAGCCACCCUCCUGAGCAGUUUUGGUGCCUGGGAUCAUGUCUGCAACCUGAGAUGUAAACCAUUCCGACGCAUGCAGGUGUGGGAUGCUUGUUCUGAAGCCAUCAUCACUUUUGAGAAAGAUGACUUAGAUGACAUGGGUUACAUAGUGGAGAAUGAUGUCGUUAUGUCUGCUGUUACAAAACAGUUAGAUGCAGUAGCAGACCGGGUGGAGGUUUUCUACGGGAGCAGAGCAGUCGGGUAUACCUGGCCCCUUCCCUCUCACAGCUGUGACACAAGCCCUUGGGUCCAAGUUGAGUUAGCUGAUGGACGCAGACUUCAGACCAAACUGCUGAUUGGUGCGGAUGGCCAUAACUCUGUAGUCCGGAAGGAAGCUGAAAUUCAGAACAUUGAGCAUCAGUAUGACCAGUCAGCUGUGGUGGCAACUCUUCACUUGUCUGAGGCCACAGACAAUAACGUAGCAUGGCAGAGGUUCCUCCCCACAGGGCCAAUUGCACUUCUGCCACUGUCUGACACUGCCAGCUCUCUGGUUUGGUCUACAUCUCAUGAACACGCUUCAGAACUUCUCACUAUGGACAAGGAAAGUUUUGUGGAUAGCAUCAACUCUGCCUUUUGGAGCAACGUAAACCAUUCUGACUUCAUUGAUGCUGCUGGGGCCAUGUUUCGAUCUGCUCUUUCACUUCUGAAACCCUCAGGGACUGCGGUGCGUCAGCUGCCCCCAAGUGUUGCCAAUGUAGAUCCAGAGAGCAGAGCUGUGUUCCCUCUGGGGAUGGGACAUGCGACAGAGUACGUCAGGCACCGCGUGGCUCUCAUCGGGGAUGCAGCACACAGAGUCCAUCCACUUGCAGGACAAGGUGUAAACCUGGGUUUUGGUGAUAUUGCAUGUUUAACUCAUCACCUCAGUGCAGCAGCCUUCAACGGGCAAGAUCUGGGAUCCUUAAAACAUCUCUUAAGGUUUGAGACAGAACGUCAGAGGCACAACGUCUCUUUGAUAGCUGCUAUUGAUUUACUGAAGAGGCUUUACUCCACGAGCCUUUCUCCCUUGGUGUUGCUGAGGACAUGGGGAUUGCAAGCAACAAAUGCCCUGCCUCCUGUCAAAGAGCAAAUCAUGGCUUUUGCCAGUAAGUGAUCCAUUCUCAGUUUGGAACAGCAGUUUGCCAGUGUGUGCAUUAUUUUUAUAAGGACUUUGAACGAUACAAUUUUUGAAUGGUGUUAUCUUAAUUUAACAAUAAAACUGAAGUAUUGA